AUAAACAACUCCAUUCGUUUCCAUGCAGACGCCCGUCCUGGACUGUGCUCUCAGAGGCAACGGAAAAGGCAAGGGCGCCGUGGUCCUCAGACACCGCGGUUUCCUGGGAAGACAGGAAAGCAGCAACCACAGGACCUGCUGCUUGCUGAUUUCAGUGUACCAGGGUGCUUCCAAACAUUCAUGGGUAAAUGCAGUUACAAGUUGUUUAUUUUGGUGGAGAACAAUCUUGAAAUCCAUGCGUAGGUUUUUGUCAUAAUAUGCAUUUUCCAUGAACUUUUUGAAGAUCCCUCAUGUGCAUGGGUUUCAAACAUUUUCAAACAAAAAUAAACUUACCUGUUAAGUCCAUUUUCUGUGAACUUUUUGAAGAGACGGAGCACCCAUCUGCUGUUUGAAUCCUCAGAUGCCCACAGUGGCCAGGACAGGACUGAGCCAAAGCCAGGAGCCAGGAACUCAAUCCAGGCUUCCCAUGAGGAUGUCAGGAAUCCAAUUCCUUGAGCCAUCAGUGCUGCCUUCCAGGGUCUGCGUUUUCAGGAAGCUGGAAUCAGGAGACGGAGCUGGGACUUAAACGCAGGCGCUGCAGUUUGGGACGUGGAUAUCUUAACCAGCGUCUCAGACACAAGGCCAAGCACCUGCCCCACAUGCCGUCCCUUUUAACCUUGGCCACCUUCUGUGCUGAAUGCCCAGCCGCUGUUGUGAAUACUGGACACUGUGGAGGACUCUGUCCCUGUGAGAGUUGCGUGUUGAGUCACUGACGACUUGUCUCAGAUUCUUGAACGGUUGUGUCGCCGGCGUGAAUUUACACUUUUUCACAGGCAGUCCUAGCUCUUGGCUGACUGUCAGACAUUCACUGCUGUCCAGGAGGAAAUCUGUUGCAUUUUACCUUCAAGCCAGCGACAGCCAGAGAGCUCUCAUCCACUGGUUCAUUCCUCAGAUGGCUGCAGCAGCAGCUAAGUCUGGACUAGGCUGAACCUGGGAGCUGGAAACUUAAUCCAUGUCUCCCACAUGGAUGGCAGCAUCCCAACACCUGCUACCACCCAGGAUCUGCGUUAGAAGGAAGCUGGAAUCAGGAACCCAGGACUGGUGGUGCAGUAGGUUUGUCUAUGCCAGCAUUGCCACAAACACUGCUAAGGAAAUGGCUCUCUCGCCCACAAAUCUGAAGGACGAGACGUCUCUGCCGAGGCAGACAGACGAGAAGGAGCAGCUGCUGACUGAGGGGAUCGGAGGCUCUCUCCAGAAACACGACGCAGCCGAGGGUGCAGCACAUUUGCUCAGCGAAAUGACCAAAAUGGACCACUUCUUGGGCAGAUCAGAUGAUGAGGACGUUUUCUCUGAAGAUCCUCACCCAGACGUCCCUCCCGAGGGCAACAGGAAGACAUGGGACGCGGCGGAGCUGGGAGCUGAGCACGCCCGGGCCCCCCCGAGGGGGCAGGAGGAGCAGGAAGCAGACCUCGCUGACGAGGACCCUCAGGCAUCCACAUCUUUGCAGUUUUCAGAGAACUUCGCAGAAAUGAGCCGGGAGAACAUGUUCCGCAAGCUGAACUACUGGAGUGCAAAGAUGGGCCUGCAAGUGAGAGAGCUCGGGGCCGAUCACGUUGACUGGGUGGAGAAAAUCAACAACAUCAUCCAAAAAAUAAACCUAACAGAAAACACAGUGAAGAGCUUAUUGAAGGAGGUGAUGUUCCUGGAGGGUCAGACUGAGAAGGUGGAGGACCAGGACCUCGACCCUAACCAGGGAGCCAACAUCGAGGCAAAGAUCAUGGAAAUUAGAAAACAGUUGGAAGAAAUGGAUAAGAAAUUUGCCCAGGGGGAUGCUUGUGAUGAAGCUCAUGAAUUAAAGGAAAAACUCAUUGGGGGAAUAGAGUUGGUCGCCCUUUUUUCUCAGAACUUUUGUAAGGACAUGACCCUGCUGAACAGUAAGCUGGGGAUGUACCAGACCCAACAAGGGAAAACAGACUCGGACAGCUCGGAAGAAACGAGCGUGGAAGGAAGAGAGCAGAGGCUUCCACAGGCUCGGCCUCCCGCCGGGGUGCAGAGUGCACCUGCCCAGGUCACGGCGUGCUUUCAAGGCCCAGUGAACAGAACACACCUUAAUGGAUCUUCUUUGCCGUUUCUUUGCUGUUCAGCCACUUCCAAGAAGGAUGUCUUUCAGUGGCAAAGUCUCUGUCAAAUGGAAUGUGGAGCACGAGAAAGCAGCAGACUACGUUGUGCAGGCCUUGUGAGAUAGACGCUCCAGCCCGAAGACUCACUUAUCAGCAACUUCUUUGAAGUCGCCCGGAAAACUCCUUCCAUGACAGCACUGAUGUAAACCAGUUGUCCCAUCCGCUCCUCUGUGUUUUGCUGCAGCUCACUCCUCUUAGUCUCCUUUGCCAGAGCUCUGGAUUAAAGUCCAACGUGCCGUUUUAAAAUGUGGAUUCUAGGGAAGUAGAAGAAUGUUAGUUAAAGAUUAGGAGAGGCCGACCAAAGAAACAGUUAAUGAUUGUCCAGAUGAAAACGUGAGUGGAGGGGAAAUUCAUGGGUCAGUCGGAGGCCCGGGGAUCCUUGUGGCCCUGAGCCAGGGCAUGGUGGGCAUGGCAAUGUUGAUGAUUGGUAGUGAACCAUGGUAGAUUAUUGGAAAGAUAAGCCUUCCUUAGCCUGCGGCAGGUGAAAGUCAAGGGGAGUAAUGUGCUGCUUUGACUGAGCAUGUUCCUGGGACCCCAAAGAGGUGUGUGCACAGUGCCUGCUGGUAGUGGGGAUGGCAGGCCUGCUACCCCCAGAAAGGCCUGACACUGGGGAAGAGGCCUGGCGUGCUUGGGAUGAACACUCCACGGAUCAUCAGCAUGGAAUGGAAAACUGGACUUAAUCUUCUGUUAAAGGAGCUACUACGCAUCGUAGCAUAGCCAAUAAAGCUGCCGCCUACAAUGCCAGCAUCCCAUAUGGGUGCCGUUUGUGUCCUGGCUGCUCCAGUUUCCAUUCAGCUCCCUGCUGAUGACUGGGAGAAGCAGCAGAAUAUGGCCCAAGUGUUUGGAGCCCUGCAGGAGACCUGGAUGAAGCUCCUGGCAUUGGCCUGGCCCAGCACUGGCUGUUUGUAGCCUUCUGGGGAGUGAACCAGCAGAUGAGAGAUCUCUCUUUCCUUCUCUGACUCUGUAACUCUUUCUCAUAAAUAAAUCUUGAAAAUAAAGAGAUGGCUCUCCAUCUUGGUGGCCUCUCUCAGGAUACAGGCCUCAGACAUCCUUUGUAGGAAAUUCAAUUAACUAAGUUUGUAAUGGAGCUAAUUGCUUGAGGGAAUUUAAUUUGUUUAACUUAGCCAUUAAUUGAACUUUAAUCAAAGACCAUGAGAGAGCAAUCACGCUUAUUUUUUAAUUAAAAAAUGUUUUC